AUGAGAAGCGAAGUGCAGCUGGAGUCAAUUGUGGACCCCAACAACCCCAGCGACUCCGAUCCCCUGCUUCAACCCCAACCCCAAUACAUCGAGUCUCCUCCACCGUCAUCACCGCCCUCGACGUCAUCAUCACCGUCGUCCGCGACCGCUGGUGAGAUACUGAAGGAUGACGCCGACGACGACGACCUAGAGUCUGGUUCUUUGCCUUCUUGUAGAAUUUGCCUCGAAUGCGACUGCGAAGCUGAUGAUGAGUUGAUAUCUCCAUGCAUGUGCAAGGGCACCCAGCAGUUUGUUCAUCGCUCGUGUCUUGAUCACUGGCGGUCAGUCAAGGAAGGUUUUGCCUUUUCUCAUUGCACAACCUGCAAAGCUCAAUUUCAUCUUCGAGUGGCAGAGUUAGAGGAUAACUCCUGGCGAAAAAUAAAAUUUAGGCUCUUCGUAGCCAGGGAUGUCUUCCUUGUGUUUCUUGCUGUGCAAACUGUUAUUGCAUUCAUGGGUGGUUUCGCAUACUUUUUGGACAAAGAUGGAACUUUCAGGAACUCAUUUGAUGAUAGCUGGGAUCGCUUACUUUCGAAGCAUCCUAUUCCUUUCUACUACUGUAUAGGGGUUCUUGGGUUUUUUGUGCUGCUUGGAUUUUUGGGGCUCAUAUUACAUUGCUCCUCCCUGAACAAUAACGAUCCAUGUGUUGCUGGCUGUCAAAAUUGCUGUUAUGGCUGGGGCAUGUUGGAUUGCUUCCCUGCAUCUAUGGAAGCUUGCUUCGGACUCGUAAUAGUUUUUGUUGUCAUCUUUGCCAUUCUUGGAAUUGCAUAUGGAUUUCUUGCUGCCACCUUGGCCAUCCAGAGGAUCUGGCAGAGACAUUAUCACAUUCUUACUAAGAGAGAGUUGACACAGGAGUAUAUUGUUGAGGAUCUUCAUGGAUGUUAUUCCCCUCCAAAAUUGGAUCCUGAGCAUGAAGAACGCCUCAAAGUUCUGAAGCUUUUGUAG